CCAAGUUGCCUCUUGACUCAAAAUACUUGUUUAAGUUCAAGGCACGAUAGUUUAUCCAGCAAUGGAAGCAUUACAGUUCAAUUCCAAAACCAAGACAGUUUCACUAAUUAAAAAACCUGUACCACCAGUUAAGGAAGGUUGGGUCCUAGUCAAAGUUGCAUAUUCAGGAGUGUGUGGCACUGAUCUACAUGUUUUUGAGGGUUCAUUUCCAUGCUCUGACAGUCCAGUUAUCAUGGGACAUGAGUUCAGUGGAACUGUUACAGCUGUUGGAUCAAACGUGACUCACUUAAAAGUAGGAGACAGGGUUGCUGUUGACCCAAACAGUGGCUGUGACACAUGUGAUGCCUGUACUGGAGGGCAGCCUCACUACUGUGAGAUUGGUGGCAUCUACAGAAACUUAGGAAUGAUGAAUGAUGGUGGGUGGGCUGAAUAUUGCCUUGCACCUGCCAGACAAGUGUAUAAACUACCAGACAAGAUUACCUUUGAGCAAGGUGCACUGGUAGAACCAAUUUCAUGUGUGUCCCAUGGUUGGGACAUGCUCAGCCCUGUACCUGUAGGAUCUCACAUUCUUAUCAUAGGUGCUGGCAUUAUAGGCAACUUGUGGGCCUGUAUACUUCAUGUCCAGGGCCAUCGAAAGGUUACUGUUUGUGAGCCUAUGCAAGACAGGCGCAAGAUUGUUGAAAAUCUUGGAUUUGGAUUUCAAGUCAUCACUCCAGACAGUUUAAAAAAACUGAAGGAAAAAGAUGAAAAGUUUGGUUUUGAUGUUGUUAUUGACUGCAGUGGAAAUGGAAAAGCAAUAGAAGAUGCUGUGUGGUUGCUGAAAUGUGGUGGAAAACUUGCCAUCUUUGGUUGUGCUGCACCAGAAACAAGAGUAAGUGUAUCACCAUACCUCUUGUACAAGAAUGAAAUCACAAUUUUUGCAGUGAAGAUCAACCCAUUUAGCUUUCCGAAGGCACUGGGCUUUCUAGAAUCCAUGGGUGCAAGAUAUAUGGAUUAUGAAAAGCUGGGAGUAAAAGUAUUUUCAAUGAAACAGCACAAGGAAGCUUUUUCAGAGUUGAAGAAGGGACUAAUUGCUAAAGCUGUCUUUAAAAUUGGAGCCUAGAUUUCUAUCAUCUAUGCAAAAACAGUGAAGCAUACAGUGCAGAUCAAUAAAACCACUAUGAAAUUGAAAAUAUGGAUAUAAAAAAUUCAUGGGUAUAAAGAUUUAUUGACCGACCAUUUUAAAAGACCCAUGAAUAAACAUUGUGACAUUGCUAUCCUUAAUACUAGGACAAUAUACAAUAAGGAAUAUACCUGGCUGUUCAGUUUUGUUGCCACCUUGCGAUUUAAUAUUCAGAUCCUGAUUUUCCAGCCUCAUAGAUUGUAUGGAUACCAAUCAACCUGUGAAAACUUAAAAGAUUUUCCAAUGUAAUUGUGAGACAAUAUCAAUUGUCUCACUGCAACAUCAGAAUAUUCCUGAUAGUGAUUUUUGUUGUGCUCUAUUUCUAGUUGAAAAAUUUAACUGUGUCUACAGAAACAGAAACUGUCAUUCAAAAGACUUGUUGGUUCUACAUUAAUCUAGUUGCUUUCAAUAUAUAAACUUCAUAUAUUAGUUUAAUGUGUGUUGUAGUUUCUUUUUCUGUGCAAUGACUGAAACUGUGCUUGUAAUGUAUUAAAAAAAAUCACAUAUAGGCUUAUGCAGAAAAAACUUUCUCUCUGUACUUUAAAAGUUUUAUUUGUGUCCAAAGUCAAACCACUGUACAUUAUUACAAAUACCUAUUAGAGAAAUGCUGAAAUUAAUUUCAAGAUCAGUAUUUAUGAGAGAAGAGAGAUCAGUAAAAAUAAAAGUUAGGACAUACAGGUAGUGAAGGAAUGGGAAGGUCUUUCCAAAUACUGUAUCAGGGGAAACAUAUCACAGGAAAUGUCCAGAAAUAAUUCUUAGCUUACAGCUGAGAUUGAUAUUCUUUUUCUUGAUCUGUAUCUGGUGAUCAUGUUAGUAAAUAGACUUGAAUGAUUUCCAUA